AUGUCAGUCGACGAGUGCUAUGAGGUGUACAUGAAGCUCUCAAAGACAAUAUUCAAGCCCAAGCGUUGGAAAUGCAACGUUUUCAGCCGCAGCAUCGACCUUAUAUCCGCCAACGAGCGGUACGAUUCAGCCAAGAUGGAAGACCUGGUCAAACAAAUCAUCAAAGAACGGACUGGCUCUCGCAACACUCUGCUGCAGGAUCCUUUACAAGGGUUCGUUGCGACGGUUCGCGCAGAUGACGAGGAACUUCUCCUCCUGCGGUCUUACGUCAACAAGCAGCAACCAGACAUGCACUCUGCAAAGUUUGAGAUGUGGGAGGCUCUCCGCGCGACCUCCGCCGCAAGCACUUACUUCAAAGAAUACCGCCGUGGCAACGAGGAGGGGUACGUCGACGGGGCUUUCAAAAGCAAUAACCCUAUCUUCGAGGUCCACCACGAAGCCGCAGACCUUUGGCCUGGACGCGACGUCUUUCUCAUUAGCAUCGGUACAGGAACGAAACCGAGCACACCGCUUGGAGGCCAUGUCGUCAAGCUUGUCAGAUCCAUGACCAAGCUUGCAACAGCGACAGAGGGAUCGUGGAUCAGAUUUCACCGCACGCAUAAGCAGCUAGCGGAGGACAAUCGUCUUUUCCGGUUCAGCGCUCCAGGGAUUGGAGAGGUCGAUCUUGGAAAUUACAAGAUGAUUGGAAAUGUGGCGAUGAGAACCGAGACGUAUCUUCGAGAUACCACUACCGCUCGAGACAUCGCACGGUGUUCAAAGGAGAUGGUAGCAAUCCAGACCAACGAAUACACGAUGGUUCGCAAGCUGAAGGACAGCGAGAAAGAUUGCCUCAAGCUGCUGUCCGGUGCAGGGGGUGCUUAUGAGAGCCAGAUAUUAAGCAUCGAAACGCCCGUUCAAGGAACUUGCCACUGGUUUCUCAACCACAAAGCUUUCACAAGCUGGCUAAGAGAUGCCUCUUCAGCCUUACUGUGGGUAACAGCCAAUCCGGGUUGCGGCAAAACGGUUCUGUCUAGAUUCCUUGUCGAUGUUCUCUCCCGACAAGCCUCUGAGGCCACGGUCUGCCACUUUUUCUUCAGGGCCGGCGAAGAGGGGCGACACCAUGCACACCAAGCUCUCUGUGCCAUUUUGCACAAUGUGUUCAAAGUGCAUGCCAAGGCUAUCGAAUUUGCAAUGAAGGAGUACUCGUCAAAUGACGCCAAAAACUUCACACAGAACAUCGAGGCCUUGUGGAACAGUCUGUGCGAGGCAUCCGAUUCGUUACCAAACAAGCAGAUCAUCGUCAUCAUCGACGCCCUAGAUGAAUGCAGCGAGCAUUCAAGAAAUCGUCUCAUCGACCUUCUUGUCAGCACUUUCCCCCAAAUGAUUGGCAGCCGGAAGUUACUCGGGCGUCUCAAGAUCAUCGUGACAAGUCGUCCGUGGCCUAGCAUUGAAAGUCGCUUCCGCUAUCUCAGCUGUGUUCGUCUUCGUGGAGAGAACGAGACGUCUUCGCUUUCAAAAGACAUCGAGACAAUGGUCAAAGCAAAGGUCGACAAGUUGAAAGUGGAAGGCACGAUAACGCCUGAAGCCUGUACCAUCCUCGAGACAAGCCUUGCUCAGGGGGCUGAUCGGACAUUCCUCUGGGCAUCUUUGGUUUUAGAAACCAUAUCCAAGCUCCCAUCGCGAAAACUGAGCGUGGUGAAGAGCACCCUUGAAGUCACCCCUGCCAGUCUGGACCAGCUGUACGAAACUGCGUUGCAGGGCGUUGAGGACCGAGUUGCCACGACUAAAAUGCUGCAGAUCAUCCUUGCCGCAACUCGCCCUCUCACUCUUGAGGAGAUCAAUCUGGCAAUGAACAUCAGCUCCACUCAUGAGACCGUCCAAGACCUUCUGGACGACCUCGAGCCAGAUGUGGAGUACACCGUGAAGAAGCUUGGAGGCUUCUUCGUGAGAAUCAUGAACUCGACAGUGUACCUCGUACAUCAAACGGCCCGAGACUUUUUGUUACGCAUCAAGUCAGCAGAUUCGACGGCCUGGAAAGUCUGUCUCAGCAUUUCAGAUUGUCACUCAGCGAUGUCUCAAAUCGCUAUUGGUGUCCUUCUGUUGAAGGGUUGGCCAGUGAGAGAGCCAUCCUUCGAGAAAUCUGGCUCGAUCGAAAAGUCGAAUAAGUCGUUUGAGGAGUCUCUUACACCGACUACAGCGCGAUUUUUCAUCUACGCCGCAAAGAACUGGGCACGCCACGCCCAGCUUCAAGGCAAUGCGUUUGAGACCGAUGCCGCUCUGCGUCAACGUAUCGCAGCACUAUGCAACAUGGGGGAUGCUAGGUUUCAAGCCUGGUGGUAUUUCAUGUGGGACCCUCCUUGGUGGUUCUGGGACAUUUUUCGGACCGAUGUCACCGACUAUUCAACUGCAAGCCUGUUCCCAUUGCAUUUAGCAGCUGGAUGGGGAUACUAUGCUGUGAUGAGGGGUUUGAUAGACUCCCAGUCUUUCACGAUAACAUCACGCACGACGGAAGGCUUUGACUGUUUAGUCGCAGCAUCGAUGACGCAUAUGGCUCGAGUUGUCAAAUGGAUAUUAGUCAACUUUGAGCCCUCGUGUUUGCAGUUGGGGAUCGCGCUACAGGGUACUGCCAGCGCUGACAUCUCCAGACUGUUGGUGGAUAAGGGCGUCGAUCUUCAGCAAGAGUAUCCGAGCCCCAAAAGACAUAUCGUAGAGAACAUGCCGGUGCUUUUACAAGCCGUACAUGGCACGAAAGAAAAGUUGGAAUUCCUGAUAUCCAAAGGUGCCGCUGGUUGGGGGGAUGCCGCUAGGUUCGCAGCAGGCUCGGGAAAGGUUGAACAGCUGCGACUUCUGCUGAGCGUAGCGGACAGCGUGACCGAGCAUGAAAAGCUUCUGGCCCUGCCAGAUGGGCUGAAAUUGGCGAGUGAGAACGGCUACGCCUCGACCAGGAGACUUCUCUUGAAUGCUGGUGUACAGGAGCCCGAAGGCACAGACAUUUCGGCGGGUUUGGUGGAGGCAGCGACACUCGGGUGCGACGAAUACAACAUACGAGCAUUGGUUGAGGACGGGGCUCGAGACGUCGAAGGUAAGGCUCUGUUCUCGAGAGCAACAUUCGGCGAAGUCGAGGGGGUCCGCACGUUACUGUCGGUUCUGGAGUAUUCGUGCGAGCUUGUGAACGCCGGUCUACUGAUUUUCUUCGACACGUAUCUUGAUGAUGGAGCCAGAGGAUUUUCGAUGAAAACCAUCCAAGAGACUCUGUCGUCAACCAAUGGUCGAAGGCUUUGGAAUGGCUUUGCCAGACAGCCAAUUAUCGGCCAAAGUCAACAGGCAAACGAGGAGUUCCUGAAGCUGAUGUCGAGUCGGAAUGCACGACUCCCAGCAGCCAGGUUCCACCAAGCAGUUUGCUGUGCGAUCGCUAUGGAUGAGAAGCUUGCUAUCUUUCUCAUCGAGAAUCGCAAGACAUUACAGCAAAAGAACGAUAUGAUUGGCACAUAUGAAUAUCUUGCGCUGGCCUGUCUUUGGGGUCGGGUCAGAGUCAUCGAAUAUCUCUUCGAGAGGGACACUGAGAAAGGUCCGUUGACCCUGUGCGACAAUCUCUUCCGCGCUGUUGUGGUUUCGGGAAACACCGCAGCUCUAGACAUAAUGCUUCAUAAAAGAAGCACUGACGGCUUGAGAAACUUCGAGAUUGGAGUUGUCGGGGAAGAGUUCUCGGCCUACUGGGUCCAUGUCGAGAAGGCGCUAGGAUCUCACGACGCCGCGGCAUCUCCGCUUGACCUCGCCGCCAGACUCGGUUAUCAAGAUGUGAUGGCUAAGUUGUUGUCGGCUAAGAUGGCGGUGCGAAAUCGGGCAGCGGGACAGGCAUAG